GGCAGAUGGAUGUAAAGAAAUUUUUGGUAUCAAAUUAUCAACAAAAUGAUUUUAUCAAGAAGUUCAUCGACACCUAUCAUGUCUUCAAUGCUCGAUGACGGUCGAGGAAGCUCGCGAAAUUCAUUUACAUCAUCAUCUAGCAAGGAAAAUCUUCAAAAAAUAUCGCUCCCGGUUGGUCCCUCAUGUCGGUCGUGCAAGCACAUUCGACGUGUUUCUUCUGAGAAUAAUGUAAAAGCAAUGGAGACGGCCGAAGAAUUCGAUCACCAAGGUGACUCGCCCAUGAAAUACAUUGCGGUGAAUGUACAUGCGAGGAAGUCUAAGAGCAUGUCCAAACCAAUUUUGUCAGUGUCAGAUAGAAAUAAUGGAUGCAAAAAUAUGGAUGAUUUGGACUUGGAACUCGAGUUUAGUUUUCCUCUGAUGCGUCAUAAUAGCAUAGAUGAAGAAGAUCAUAAUAACGCGGGAUUUACUUUUUUCAACAUCUCAAACGGGGAAAUUUUUCCGGCUACGAAAGGUAGAGAGAAAGGACCAACAUCGUUGUGCAUGGCCAUUGCUCCGGAUCCGAUGAUUUUCGAGCAAAAUACGUGCAUCGACAAUGAUAACGGUGAUGCAUUGCAACAAUACUACGAGAACAUCUUAAAAGAAAAUCCAUAUAAUCCUAUGAUACUGAGAAAUUAUGCUCAAUACAUGUAUAAGAUUAAAGGAGUUCAUAAAAAAGCCGAAGAAUUAUACUCAAGGGCAUUACUAGUAGAGCCAAAUGAUGGUGAAAUCUUGUCAGAGUUCGCAAGAUUGAGAUGGGAAGUAUAUGGUGAAAAAGAAGCGGCAUCAAACUAUUUCGCAAGAGCGGUGCAUGCCUCUCCGCAGAACAGUGAUGUGCUUGCAGCUUAUGCUUCAUUUUUAUGGGAAGCGGAAGAAGGAGAAGAAGCGCAUGAUUCAAUUAAACAUUGUCAACAAUUAUGCGAGACGAGAUAGAUAGAAUCCUUAUUAUGUGUGAUUGCUGUGCAAUGAUAAUAUGUGAAUCAAAAGGAAACAAAUGCAUCCAUUUGUAACUCCUUCAAUUCUUACUGGGAAAAAAAUAAAAUAAAAAAAUCAUUUUCAUAGCCUGUAAA